AAAGAAGAAGAAGAAGAAUAGUGAUAGCGACGAAGAAGACGAUGACGACUCGAGCGAUGCGCAUUUCUUUUACGUAACGAAAGCGCGUUAAGAGAGAGAGCGCGCGCGUGCGCUUGCGCUCUAUAUAAUCCUUUCGUCGUCGUCGUCGUCGUCGUCAUCGUUGUAGUAGUAGUCGUCUACUCGACGACUUAUUUCGUUGGAAGGAGACACGUCUCUCCGUGUGUGCGUGCGUCGUCUCUGUGGGCCUUUUGCUGCGCUUCGAUCAUCGGCAUUGCUCGUUUUCGUGCAUCCUCGUGCCCCCUCGUAUGGCCCCGUCGAUCGGCUACCACCCCCCGCCCCCUCACGCUCAUCGUCCUCCUCCUUCUUCUCCUUGUCUCUCUCGCUCUUUGUUGUCAGUGCCUCCGUGAAUUCCAUCGCGCGCUGUCGCUGCGUCGGCCCGACGCGCUUCUCGACUUUCGCUCAAGGAUUAUUCCCGUCUUCUGCUUCUUCUUCUUCUUGUACUACUACUACUUCUUGGCCGUCCCGGCGACGGGAUACAACAACGCUUUUACGCGAGUUAAAGCGUCUGCUCGUUUCCGUGGACGGGCUUCGAUCGAUCGAUUCACCGUAUGCUCCUCUUUCACUCUCGUUGUCAGUCAGUCAGUUUCCGUCGGUUGCUCCUAUCUACUCCGCGCAUAUAUAUACAUAUACAUAUAUAUAUACAUAUACAUAUAUAUAUACAUAUAUAUAUAUAUAUAGGAUCGCGGAUCGAAAGCGGUUUGCGUCUCGUUCAUCGGAGCACACUGUCCUGAACUUUGACGAGGAAAACAGAAGAGGAGGAAGGGACAAGUACUGAGAGAACCUCUGCUGUUGCUGGCUGGACUCGUGACACGGUCAAGUUGGAACGCGUCUUGUUUUCUCUCCUUUCGUCUUUGGGAAAAUAAAAAAGGAGAGAGGAUAAUCGAGGAAGAAAUAUAUAUAUAUAUAUAUAUAUAUAUAUAUAUAUAUAUAUAUAUACCGGGGAAGAAAGAAGAUAGAGGAUUAUAUACACAUACACAUACACACACACACAUACACAUAUAUAUAUAUAUAUAUGUAUACACACAAAAUAGUGGUGAAGAUCGGUGCUGAUUGUGUUUUGUGCUCUAACCAGUGUUGUUAACGACGAAAAAGGCGACGGCCCGUGCAAUGGCCGUUUCAAAUACUUCGACUCCUCUAUCUCGUUGAGAGAACUCUGUUUUCUCCUUUUUUCCUUUUUCUCUCUCUCUCUUUCUCUCUCUCUAUCUCUAUUUCUUUCUUUCUUUUCGUCCUCUCUGUUUUUCCGUUUCCGUUUCUCUCUCUCUCUCUCUCCCUCUCUCUCUCCUCUUCGUCCGUAGUUUUUGUGCCGCGAGUGGGUGCGCCGAUCGAAAAGUGUUGCUUCGAGAGAGAGCCAGCGCGCGCGCCACGCAAGUGUGCCCUUGGAAUAAGUGUCGAUCGAUGGGAAAAUAAUAAAGAGAAGGAAGGGAAAGAAAAAAAAAUAAUAAUAAUAAAGAGGCUUUACUACUAACGCGUUUAGUUCGCGCGACGACAAUACGACUCGUGUGAAUAUAAUAAUAGAGGAAAUGAAUAAGUGAGAGUUAUAUUAUUGUCGGGUUUGAUAUUAAUAAUAUCAGUGUGCACAUCCUUCCUCCCCCCUUCAUUGUGGAUUAUUAUUUAUUGGAUUUACCGCACUGUCAACGAAGGAGAUACCAGACCAGAGAGGAUCGCCAAAAGGGAUUUUCUACGACAACUCGUGGAGAUUCACAGUUUAUAAUGCAGAGACAAAAUCGGAACGGCUUGGAGGUGGAGGUUGCGCCGAUGCGUCCUAUAAGCACGGCCGGCUAAUAGCCCGCAGCCCAUCCCCGACACCCUGCAGCCACACCAGAUUAGCAGUCGGCGUGACAUGGAUGUGAGCUUCACGAACGUGUUGGAGGGGGCUCGUCAGUACUUCCAGGGACUGCCUGUACCCAGUGCAAGCGCGAUACCGUCGGAGGAUCACAAUCAUCCAACUUCGUCGACGAAUUCGGCCUCGUCGGCGUCCACGUCUCACGAUCAUGGCGUGGCUUCCUCUUCGGUGGCUCCGCCACCAGCACCGCCGUCCUCGGCGUCGACGCCGUCGGUGGUUAAUCAAGAAACAACGCGUUACUCCAGUGAUGUCGGUCAGUCGUCGUCGUCUACCGAAAAUGGAAGCUCCAGUUCCGGUCCGUUUUGGAAUCCAUCGGUGGAGCCGUAUCCACCGCAACCAACUAGAGUGGAGGUACCGGAUACCAGGCCGGGAGACGAGAGUUCCGAACCGAGUUCCUCGUCUCCUGGUACAGUGGUUACCCUAACUGAAAUGCAGCCCUCCAAUCAUCGAUCCUCCGCGACAUCAAACUUUCAACAACAGCAACAACAACAACAACAACAACAAAAGCAAUCGUCCGUAUCUUCCGCGUCCACCGAUCAACACUCGUCCCAUCAGAUCAUAGCUACGACUACCUCGAGUUCGCCUAGACUGCAUCAGAUGCAACCACCUCAAAGAGAUCAUUCUCCGGAACCUGUUUAUCAACAACUGAAUAAUAUCAGUAGAACGUCAUUUGCCACUGUCGAGAUUUUAGCGACGUCUCAUUCGACGUCUCAUCCGAAUUAUCAAAACGCAAACGACCGACAGUCUCAAAGCGGUACGGCCAUUGUCCCUCAAAGAACUCAAUACUAUCCGAGAUAUCAUCAUCCGGACAUUACGAAGAGUGCGCCGGCGCCGUUCUCGCAAAAUUCCGUCUAUCAAUCUGCCAACGUGACGGUGACCACAGCUGGAAGCGUUCAACAGCCGGCUACGAGGCCUACGCCGGUCGAACAGAACAGUGUGCUGGUUCAUGGACAAGAUCAGCAACGAGUGCCGAGCUCUUCUUACGGAUCCAGCGUGCAAACUCCGCCGUCGAGUGGAUCGACGAUUUACGGAUCGUCUCAGAAUUAUCGCGUAAGUGGGCAACUUCAGCAAACUCGGUCCGUUAAUCCUACGGCCGACGAACGAAUCAGGCCAGCUCAACAUGGUAUCGACGGAACGAGCGCGUCUUCAUCGUCCUCCUCCUCCUCCUCUUCCUCCUCCUCCUCCAACUCUAACAACUCCUCUUCGGGGAACCCUUGUACUUCGGCAAAUCCACCUUGCAAUCCGCGUCAUGGAUCCAGUCACAUUCCUUCGUCGCCUCAGAAUCUUCCGGCGCACAUUCCUUCUCCGCAUCUUCCCUCCGCAGCUUCCUCCGUUCAUGGACAACACCCUCAGCAGCAACAACAACAGCAGCAGCAAGGCCAACAACAUCACACUCGAAUAAAUCCUUCGCCUCACUCGGCCAAUCCAAACGCCUACAACAACGCUCGCACAAUCCUCUCGCAAAGCGGGCCUUCGCCGUCCUCCUCGUCGUCUUCGUCGUCAAACCAUCCGCAACAGAUGAUACCUCCUACGGGCUUAAGCGGUUAUCAUCCAAUAGCUUCGCCCCACGAGCCACCUCGUCACGCUACCCCAUCGCCCCACAGACAAUCUCCUCACGUAUCGACGCUUCACAAUCCUCACGCCUCCUCUCCUCAUCCUACACCAUCGCCCCACGCCGCCUUCCAACCGCAUUCGCCGACUUACCCACCUCCUCCGCCACCGGCCAGGUCUACGCCGCACUCCUACAGCGUGCCGGCGACGUCUCAGCACUAUCAGAAUGCCGGAUACAACGCUAGUCCUUACGCGCCUCCACCUCAGUCUUCGUACCAUUCCUUUCAGAAGAGUCCGCAGCAGCCGCUGUCGCAGUCGCACGGGAGUUACUACUCUCAACCAAAUAGAUCUCACAGCCAGUCAUACGUCCAACCAACUCCUAUGGGUGCACCGCCUCAACCGAUUUGUCCCGGUGGAACGAAUAGUAGCAACGGUGGCUUGACCUAUCAGCAGAACAAAGCAGUAAUGUACAAUGGUGCCGACUCGAAAAGAAGUCCGGCGGAAAUAGGUGGAAGUUACGCUUCUUACCGAUCAUCCUCGACUAACGUGCAGAGAAGCAAUAACACGCACAAUCUGCCACCGAUCGCCGCCUUGUCCUCCUAUCAUUCCAACAAGAGAGAAACGGGAAAUAAAGUGCAAUCGAUCCAACGACGAGUGCAUUCUAUCGGUGCAACGAACAAAGUCCCUGUCGUGACACCACCGAGCUCGGUUAUGGUUCUUCCCCAAAGGAUUCCGGAAUACUCUUCGCUCCCAACGCCAUUGAACCACGCGAUACCGGUUAAUGGGAGAACAACUAGCUCGGUUAACUCUACCUACGCUGGGAGAUACGCUAACCAGCAAAAUUAUCCGGCUUACGCGACCACCAUCGCGCCCAGUCAUCACGGUAGCAAUUCCUCGAGUAACACCUCGGUGACAUCCAUCGGUGCCACGGUUCGAUCUUCCGUUCCGGCCCCUCCGGUACACGCCUAUCAGUCUUCCGACACUACCGCUCACUUGGGAUCCUAUCAUCACACUGUCAGAACUGCAGAGAGUUAUCCGUAUAAGGAACAAUCCUAUCAAAAUUCCUCGGCACCGAUGGUACCUGCUGUUCCAGGUACACCUUUACCGGCGCCUCCGCCACCACAGACCAACGGAAUCAGGAAAAGAGAAUCUCCUCUCGAUCUUUCCGUGAAAACCGUAAAGACGUCUGCGGACUCGACGGCGCAGGACGAUCUCGAGGCUUCUUCCACGGACAAGCACGCGAGUAAUUUGAAUCUAAUGUCGCCGUCGACGAUGUCGAGGAGUAGCAACGGUUCCAGGAGCAUGGCUCCACCGGCUAUUCAAUCCUUAGCACCACCACCCAUUGCUUCUUAUUCUAAUUACGAUGCUAGAGUCUCGACCCGUGGCGUCAGGAGUUCGUCCAUUCCUUCCGUAUGUCCUCGAACGUCGACACCGCAGACAGUUUGCGCGCCGAAGGUCGACUUUUUGCCGGAUUUCAAUUCAACCCCGCUCCGACAACAUCACGCUCCGCCACACGAUAGUCCGAUCCGUAGGAAUACGGGUCAACAACUGUAUGGGCCGCCACCACCACCGCCUCAAGCGCCUUUGCCCUCGCAGUAUACGAACAACACUACUCCACUGCCUCAUAUGUCAACGUUCCAGAAGAGUUCACUGCCCGCAACGCCGGUAUACGACGGGAGUCCAGCACCACCACCGCCGUCUUCAUCGACGUCUUCGUCGUCUUAUCUACCGGCCAAUGAUUCCUCGAGGUCUUCUUCUAGAUAUCCCGUGGUGGAUCCCUCAAGGAUGGGCCCGACAACACUGCCCCUCCAAGAAUAUCCUUCCGAUCCCAGCAAGUAUUAUUUGGACACGAGGAACAAAUUCGGUUCGCCGACUCAGAAAGAUCAUCGUGGUACCAUCAAAAGAUCCGGUGAAACUGUUUACUCUGGAACUGCUCCAAACAAACAGCCUAGAUUGGAUACUUGGAGAAUAGCCAUCGACAAGCAGAUCGAGCAGAAACUCUCGACGGUCAGGUCGCCUCACGAGCAACAGAAAAGACAAGAGUUAAAUUUGCCCGUUGCCAUGCCGAAUGGUACAUUGAUAGCACCAAGUACUUACGAGCAGAGAUCGGACAAUGGUUAUUCGUCGUCGGAUUCUUUGAGGUAUCAACAAGCUUACUGUGAUAAAAGGAAUUACCCGGAGCCGAAGGUGGCACGUACCUCUCCUCCGUAUAAUCACCCACCUAUCUCGAAAGCAACGAACGUACACGCGUUACCGCAGCAAGUCAAUAGUCAGACUUCUUACUCGAAUUAUAGACAGAAUCAGAGAACGGCUUGCCCUCCGGUUAGUUCGAUGGCUACGCCUACGGUCGACCAACCGAGUAACACAGGCGCGGAUAAACGAGUUUUGAGCUUGUUGAGGAAUAGCCUUGAGAACAAACAGCAGAGGGAAGAACAAUUGAACAGUCAACAGCCUAUUUUGGUGAAUCACAAUCAACAGAGUUUUCAAAACAAGGUCGUCGCCCCAGUGGAGCCUAAAACGAAUAUAGGGAGACACAAUUUAUCGCCGUUUACGGCGGCCAGUUUGUUAGAACGGAACAGCAACACACCGCCGCAUUACAAGUUCCAUGUACCACGAGCCGUAGACUCGAUCACUCAAGAGGCGGCCCCCCGUAGUAUGUACGCUUCGCGAGUAAAUUCAUCUGCCACGCUACCUGGCAAAGAAGCUCUCUUGGGACCUCGGGGAGCCGAGAAUCAAAUUCACCGUGACAAGGAUGACGGGCUUGCGGCCAUAUUGGCCGCGAAAAUCAGGACAAAGGCGGAACUCAAACAGGUCGGCACCGGACAGUUCUUGGCAAAACCCGUAGUUCCUUCUCAAGAUGUAUCUUCUACGCCAAAAGAACUCGAUAGCGCGGCCUCGACGUCAACUCCACAGUCCGGCUCGUCCGCGGGAAGCCCACCGAAAUUGACUCGCGAAAAAGCGGCCUGUCUACCACCGAGGAGACGUUUGUUCUCGAGAACGGAAGAAGAGAAUAUGCCGAUCGCUGCGACGACGGUACCCGUGUCAACCCCAACUCCAGCAGUUGCCUCAACGGUACCACCACGUGCCAGUGGUUUUAGAAGUUCCUCCGAGACCUCGGUCUUUGACUUCAGAGAGAGCGAUUCGGAGGGUGAGAUGCCGGUGUUGGAGCGUCAAACCCUCGAGGAAAUGAGAAGAGACAGGAAGCAGUUGUCGAAGGUUCAACCUCCUAUUCCCUUGAACGAUGCCAUGUGUAUGAACAUGGCUUCGUCCAUGGAUCUCGUGAAAAUCGAGCUUAAGGAGAACGACAAGAUCAACGAAGUCGAUCCAUUCUGGGCGGUAACCUGCGACAAGUUUAUGGAACAAUUGAGAGCCGGUGAUGUUGUGAAGAAACGUGGACGAAAAAAGAAACUCGAUGGAACCUCUUCGAAGAUGGAUGACACUGGUAAUGAUAGUAGCAAGGAGUCCGACCUUAACACUAACGACGCGACCGCUGACAUAAAGAUCAAAAUAGAGGACAUUAAAAAGGAGGUAGAAGACGUGGUAGAAGCGGUUGUCGAUGAAAAGGUCGAGACCGCGGAAACUAGCAAAGACGAUUUGAAAUCACCCGUUUCGAUAAAGAUACAGGUUGAAGAGAAGGUCGCAGUAGUUGAGGCGAAGGAAAAUGAUAGGAGAAAUUCCGGUGACGAUUCCGACGAGGUACCAUUGAUCAAGCGAGCAACGAAAAAGAAAUCGAAAAAGGAGGAUAGCGAUUGCGAGGAAGAAAUCGUUUGUAGAAAGAGGAGAGUCCGAAGGGGUAGUAGGAUCAAAUUGGCAUCGUCCAGUGGUAGCGAAUCGUCCAGCGAGGAAAGCGACGUUAGUACGGAAUACGGACAUGGUUCAUCGGUCGCUGACAGACUUCGUGCGAGGAAAAGGUCAGGGAAUGGCGGAGAAAACGAGGGCAUGAAGUUACGUUCGAGAGAUACAACGCCGCAAAAGAAUAAGACGGAAAAGGAAAUGAAAUCGUCUACCUCUAAAACCGUACCUUCGUCUCGAAAAGUAAAACCCAAACCAUUGUUCGGUGAUGGUAGCGAUUUUAGGCCAGGCUGGGAGGAAGAGGUAUACGUUUAUAAAAAAUCAUUAAGAAUGCCAACCAGACUAAUCACCGUCUCGAAACCUUCGAGAUUUCAUAGGCUAUCGACGUCUCUUCCCGAUUUGGAUCCUGGCUCUCCAGCCUUAUCGGUCUCCAUGGAUAGUUCGGACGUUUGCUUAGGUAGAAAAAGACUCGUUGACAGCGACAUAGAGUCCGAGUAUAGUUUCAGUAUUACUGGGCUCGGUAGUAAGAUAGACGACGAAGAAGCUACUUCCUCGACGACGAUAUCUUGUCCUCCAAAGACAACGAUUGGAAAACAAACAAGAUUGGAAAACAAUUCUAUCGUAGACGUGCUCGCCCAAAAAGUUGGUACUGGUAAAAAGGAUUCGAAGAGGAAACAACAGAAGGAAAAGUCUGAAAAGGGAACGAAAAUCCUUCAAAAAGGAGGUAACAACGAACCUGAACUUCUUCCAACGCCAAGUCUUACUCCUCUUCUUGCUUCGGAAGCUCCUAAAACCCCGAAGGGCAAGUCCUCCUCUCCAAUAAAGAAUAAACCUUUAAAGCCGAUCAAAGUUUCGGAUUCAUUCCUUUUGGGAUAUUUCCGUAAAGAGACAGUUAAUAAUUUCCGCGAUACCUUUAAGAACAAUCACGCGAUACCGAACGAGUUCUCGACGUUCGUCUUGAACAGCAGAACGAGAACGGAAACGCGCGUUUUAAAGAAACAGACCACUAUCAGAGAAGUAUUUGGCGAGGAUAGACCAGCGUCCGCUCCGCCUAUGCAAAAUCAUGGCGACACUUCCCAAGACGAUGAUUCUCAAAACGAAGCUAUGGAAAAUACAUUAGGAAAGCCUCGCACGUUGAAGCAAAAGGUAGUGUCCCGAUUGAGAAACGCGGGUAUCCUAAGAAGUCAUAAGGCAAUCGUCAAUUCGAAGAGACAUUUACUUAUCGCUAAGAGAAGAAAGGAUCUUCUGAAGUCUUUGGCCGAGAAGAAGUUGAAGCGUGUUAAAAAGGAAACGGAAGUGGAAGUGUCGAAAGAAACGAACGAUACUCAGGAAGCUGAGAAUAACGAGAUAGAGGACGAGAAUAACGAGUCCGAGGUACCGAACAAAAAGAAGUUAAAACUUCGAACGGGUAGGCGGAAAUUCCGUUCUGGAUUCGACUAUGUUAGGAAGAAAAAGAGACCUUUGAAAAAGGAUGACGCAGCACCUAAGGAAAGAAAAAGACAGAUAUUGUCAAGACCGAGUCCAGAAUGUGUUGCUGAUAUUCAGUCAGAGAUCAGGACGUGGGUCAUUAAAAAGGGUGUUGGAGAAACUAUUUUACAUCGUGCCGCCAGACUCGGUCAUACGGAUGUGACAGCCUAUUGCUUAGAGAAACUCAACAGUGCACCUAGCCCGAAAGAUAACGCGGGUUAUACGCCACUCCAUGAGGCAUGCUCGAGAGGUCAUUUGGAAAUUGCCAAACUUUUGCUCGCUUAUGGCGCGAAUGCAAGCGAAAGUGCAAACGGAGGAAUAAGACCACUUCACGAGGCUGCCGAGAGCGGUUCAACGGAAUUGGUGCGAUUACUUUUAUCGUACGGUGCCGAUCCUCUACUAGCUACGUAUUCCGGACAAACACCAUUAAUGUUGGCGGUAGAAACUGAAGCUUACUCGAUUCUCGAACAACAUUUGGAUGACAUUCAGGGUCAUAGCAGUACACCUUGGUCGUUCGGUGGACCUGCUUCGAUCUUUGACCCAGAAGAAACUGGAUAUAAUCCUUUGAGCGAUCCACCCAUGGAUAGUCCGGAGCCUGAACUCGAGGAGAUAGAAAUGGAGGUGAGCGACGUGAACCUACCGGUCUUAUUUUCUCUUACCAAUGAUUCGGACAAGUGGGUGCUCCUUCAAGAUUUAAUGGCAGCUCUCAGAAUAAAGAGUCGCGAUGCUCUCUUACGUCAAGUGAAUCCAAAGGCACAUACCGGACCACCGGCUAUUGCUCAUCGCGACGUCAUGAGAGAACUCAAGCUUCCUGAUUUCUUAGAACAGUCUCGAUGUUGUCAUCUGUUAAGCGGCGGCGAGAAGAUAAACGUGCGGGGAUCAAAGGUCACGCUGAUUAAGUACAACGAGAGAGUUAAAUCAUUGUUAAACGUCGAAAAGGUGGUAAUAAGUCUCAGGUGACAUGAGCCACCGCUGAGGGGAAGGGAUUCUCCUCAGGAAAGACCAUCCACAUCCUUUUCUUCUUCUUUAUCUUCUUCUUCCUCUUCGUCCUCCUCCUCAUCCUCUUCCUCCUCCUCUUCUUUCUCCUCCUCCUCCUCCUCCUCCUCCUCCUCCUCCUCCUCCUUUCUCGCAAGCAAAUAUAAUCAAUCAAGAAAAAACGAGAACAAGAUUUCCGAUUCUACGAAGGAGACGAAGAAAAAUCCGAAUGGACGACAGAAGAUUCGUGGAUCGAAUCCCAAAGAAGCACGUUAAUUAUUGAGAGCGCUAUAAACGACUCUAUUAAUAUGUGAUAUCGCUUUCCUUAGCAUCUUAAUUAUCUAUAUUGAUGGCGGAGUAAGCUGAACAAAACAACAAACAAUAACAACACCCAUUUGAGAUUAGAGUUAAGAAGACGUGUGAAUAUAAUAUUCUAUUGACAAAAACGAUCAGAGACGCUUGAUCGAGAGAACACUCUAAAUCGAAUGUUCGAACCGGAGGAAACAAAUUACGGCGACCUGUGACAUUGUAUUAGUAGUAUAUUUAUUCGGGUAUACGCGAGCGCGCGUAGUAUACCCAUAGAACGAUCAUAUUUUAUUAAUAGCCAGAUAAAUGUAAUCAAUGGUCGAUUUCGAAUAUCGACGAACCUCUUGGGUCAUAUUCUUUCUUCUGUGAGAGAAUCGGCGAUCGAAGAAUGCGAUUUACUUUUUAACAAAUUAACGACAGUCCCUGCUUAUUAUAAUAGUUGGUUGAGUGAGUACUUAUCUGUGCGUGUGUGUGUGUGUGUUUGUGAGAAUGAGCAUUGAAUGGGACAGCGUUUUCUAUCGUACUCUACGAGGUUUUCGUCGAGAUAAAUAGAAAAAAAGAAAAAGAGAGAGAGAGUGAGAGAAAGAGAGAGAGAGAGAGAGUGAGAGAGAGAGAGAGAGAGAGAGAGA